GUAAGUCCCUUCACUCAGAUUGUUGCCCACACCCUCUGAGAACAUAACACCUCGACAAGCACCCCGAUAGUGAAAGGACGAGAUCUAGAAAGCCAGACUUCCCUAGCCACGACGCACGAACGCCGAGACUCGUCCAAAUCCUGAGCACAGGCAGUGUGAGUGCAAGGACAACAGUGAAACGUGUCCCGAGAUGCCUUUCUACGAGGUCCAGCACACCCACCCACUCUCAACAUCCCAAAAGCACUCUAUCGCCCGUUCCAUAACACAACUCCAUUCGAGCACGUUUCUCACGCCGAGCCUCUUCGUCAAUGUCGUCUUUCAUAAUCUAUCCACUCAAUCUCCGAACAGUGACACGACAUACUUUCUUGCUGGCGAACCUGCAUCACAUCAUCCGAACGGCCCAAACCGCAUCCUCGGCAUGGUCCGCACAUCCUCCUCACGCACGAAAGCCGUCUUCGACGAUCUGGCCGCGCGUAUUGAAAAGGCAUGGUACGAUGCACUCGGAGCACCCACCGAUUCCGCAGACAAAGCCAGCAAGAAAAUGCACUUCAUCACAUUCUAUCCCAUGAUUGCCGCUCGAGAGAAUGGCGUUACGAUCCCGGAUGCCGGAAACGAAUCAUCGUGGCUCAAAGACAAUAUGCCAUACUUCAAGUCCCAGGCAUACGACCACGGUGACCAAGAUUUCAGGAAGAUGAUCGAGGAGAUCGAUCAGAGGGAAGAUUUGAAAGAACUAGUGAAGCAGUGAGAAUCCCUUGCUCUGCCAUGCAACUCGCAAUGGUGCAGCGCGGCUUGAGGUCAAGCUCGUCCCCGACACGCCUGGGCGCAGCACGUUGCACCUAUUUGCUCCAAGUGCUUUCGCUGUAGACUGCUUGCAGGACGAUGUCUGGGGAAUCUCCAUGCCGGCAAGAUCUGGGUAAUUUUCGCUCAGCAAGAGAACGAUCCAAUGUUAUAAGCAAGCUAAUG